AUGCUUCGUGCUCUCGUCUCUCUCUCAGUCGUUGCCCUUGUGCGCGGCCAACAGGCCGGUACGGUCACUGCGGAAACCCACCCCAAGCUCACUUCUCAGAAGUGCACAACCAGCGGUGGCUGCACUACUCUCUCCACUUCGGUCACUCUCGAUGCCAACUGGCGUUGGUUGCACACCACUAGCGGUUACACUAACUGCUACACCGGUCAGGACUGGGACGCCUCCCUUUGCCCUGAUGGAGCCACCUGCGCAUCAAACUGCGCUCUUGAUGGUGCCGACUACUCUGGAACCUAUGGUAUCACCACCACUGGUACCGCCCUUACCCUCAAGUUUGUCACCAAGGGCACCAACACCAACGUCGGAUCCCGUGUGUACCUUAUGGCCAGCGACAGCGAGUACCAGAUUUUCAACAUGAAGAACCAGGAGUUCACCUUCGACGUUGACGUCUCCAAGCUUCCUUGCGGUCUCAACGGUGCUCUUUACUUCUCCCAGAUGGAUGCAGAUGGUGGUAUGGCUAAGUACUCCACCAACAAGGCUGGUGCCAAGUACGGAACCGGUUACUGUGAUGCUCAAUGCCCUCACGACAUUAAGUUCAUCAACGGAGAGGCCAAUGUUGAUGGCUGGACUGGCUCUGACAGCGAUGUCAACUCCGGAACUGGCAAGUAUGGAUCUUGCUGUGACGAGAUGGACGUCUGGGAGGCCAACAGCAUCUCUUCCGCCUUCACUCCCCACCCUUGUAGCGAUGGCCAGGUCCGCUGCGAAGGCGAUGACUGCGGAGAUACCGACAGAUACAGCAGUGUUUGCGACAAGGACGGUUGUGACUUCAACUCCUACCGCAUGGGUGACACCACCUACUACGGUGAAGGACUUACCGUCGAUACCACCCAGCCCUUCACCGUUGUUACCCAGUUCUUCACUGCCGACAACACCACCACUGGUGCCCUCUCUGAGAUCCGCCGCCUCUACGUCCAGAAUGGACAGACCAUUGUCAACUCCAAGGUUAACAUUGCUGGUAUGGAUGCAUAUGACUCAAUUACCGAUGACUACUGUUCGGCCCAGAAGACUGCCUUCGGCGACACCAACGACUUCGCUACCAAGGGUGGGCUCUCCAAGAUGGGUGAUGCUUUUGACAAAGGGAUGGUCCUUGCUCUCAGUAUCUGGGAUGACCAUGCGGCUCAGAUGUUGUGGCUUGACAGCGCCUACCCUCUCGACAAGGACGCAUCUGCACCUGGUGUCAAGCGUGGAACUUGUGCCACCACCUCUGGUGUCCCCGCUGACGUCGAGGCCAACAACGCGGAUGCCCAGGUCACCUACUCCAACAUCAAGUUCGGUGAUAUCGGCUCAACAUACGCUUAG